AUGAUAAAAAUAAACAUAAUCCUUAUUGCUUUCCUCGUUUAUAUUCAAACAGUUUCUGUUUUGACAUUAACCGUCGAAUUAGGUGAUUUAGAAGAAAAUAUUCUUCAUUCAUAUUUAAAAGAUCCAAAUAAUCUAAAAUUAUUUUAUAAUAAAUUAAUUCAGUCCAAUGGUGUUGAUGAUCUAAUAUAUAUUCGUCAAAAUAUUACCGAUGAAGAUAUUCAGCAAGGAACUGUCGAAAAUAAGUGUUUUCAAUCAACAGAUAGUUUACUUGAUGCAUUCAAUAUUUCGUUAAAAGAUAAAAAUCAAAUUCUAACGCGUGCAGAUGUUAAACAAUUAAUUCCAACUCUAGUUGAUGUUAAGCAUAAUGAUGGGUGUUUGAAACAACAUGGUGCUACAAAGUGGAAAAAUGUAUUGGUUGGUCUGAUCUCUGUAACAACUAUCAAUAUGGCUGCACUAUUCAGUGCAAUUAUUUUGCCAUUUCGAAAAAGGCCUACGUUUAAAUGGCUUCUUACUACUUUCAUUGGGUUAGCUGUUGGUACACUUCUUGGUACUGGUAUAUUUCAUCUUAUUCCAAUGGCAUUCAGUAUUGAAAAAUUUGAUAAAGAUUCAACAUUUCUUACCAAAGCUCUUGUUACAAUAAUUGCUAUCUAUUUAUUUUAUAUCCGUGAUCUGCUAUGUGACACAUUUCUUCGAAUUGAAACGGUUGUGUCUACGCAUAGCCACGGCGAUGAAGAUAUAUCGCCAAUUCUUCAACAGAAAAAUACAAAAAGUUUAUUAGCAAAUUUGAAAACAAUGAAACCAAUUGGAUGGAUGAUUCUGAUCAGUGAUUUACUUCAUGGUUUUAUCGAUGGUAUUACUAUCGGUGCUAUUUCUAUUGUAUCAAUUAGCGAAUGUCUUCGUAUGAUGGUACCCAUUGUUUGUGAAGAAUUUUCUCAUAAACUCGGCGACGCUGCUAUUCUAUUAAGUAGUGGUCUUCCAAUAAAGCAAGCUCUGUUAAUGAAUUUUUUAUCUUCCUGUGGUUGUUAUCCAGGUUUUAUACUUGGAGCGAAAUUAGGUGAACUUGAGAAUUUUCAUCCAUGGAUUUGUGGAUUAGCUGGUGGCAUGUUUGUUUAUAUUGGCCUCACUGACAUGAUUCCAGAACUGAUUUCCAUAGGUCAUGAAAUUGAAAAAGAUUAUACAACUGCCAAUAAACCAAUCACAAGAAAAUUGAGACUUGAAAUUCUACUUUCUCAAAAUAUCGGCGUUGUUUUGGGUAUUGCAAUUAUGUUUUUAUUGGCUAAAUAUGGUGAAAUAUUAUCACAAUAUUUUUAA